AAAAAUUUCCCAAGCCUUGCAGCGACACAACUCCAAAUCCCCGUGGGUCCCAUCGUCGUCGCUGUCGCCAACCCGGGAAUCAUCACGAAGUCAUGGCGAUCCAGAAGAAGCACGGCAAAGGCCGCUUGGACAAGUGGUACAAGCUCGCCAAGGAGAAGGGCUACAGAGCUCGUGCUGCUUUCAAGCUCAUCCAGCUUAACAAGAAAUAUGGCUUCCUCGAGAAGAGCAAGGUCGUGCUCGAUCUUUGCGCCGCGCCCGGUUCGUGGUGUCAAGUAGCUGCAGAGACUAUGCCCAAAGACAGCAUCAUCAUCGGUGUCGAUCUUUCUCCCAUCAAGCCCAUCCCCAAGGUCAUCACCUUCCAGAGCGACAUCACCACCGAAAAGUGCCGCGCCACGAUCCGAACCCACUUGAAGACCUGGAAAGCCGACUGUGUCCUCCACGACGGUGCGCCCAACGUCGGUACCGCCUGGGUGCAGGAUUCGUUCAACCAAGCCGAGCUUGCACUUCACUCUCUGAAGCUCGCCACCGAAUUCUUGAUCGAGGGCGGCGCCUUUGUCACCAAAGUUUUCCGAUCGAAAGAUUACAACUCUCUCCUCUGGGUUCUCAAGCAGCUGUUCACCAAGGUCGAAGCCACCAAGCCCCCUUCCUCGCGUAACGUCUCGGCCGAAAUUUUCGUUGUUUGCUUGGGUUACAAGGCGCCCAAGAAGCUCGAUCCCCGCUUGCUCGACCCCCGCACCGUCUUCGAAGAUGUCGCCGAUGCGGCUCCCAACAACGAGGCCAAGGUCUACAACCCCGAAAUCAAAAAGAGGAAGAGAGAUGGUUACGAGGAGGGUGAUUACACCCAGUACAAGGAGAUUGCCGCGAGCGAGUUCAUCCAGACUACCGAUCCGAUCGCCAUUCUUGGUCAAUACAACGCCUUAACCUUCAAGCAAGCGACAAACGGCGAUGUGGCCCUGGCGGCUUUGGACAAACUCCCCGAGACCACCGAAGAAAUCCGCACAUGCUGCGCCGAUUUGAAAGUUAUCGGGAGAAAAGAAUUCAAGCUCCUCUUGAAAUGGCGUUUGAAGGUCCGGGAGAUCUUUGGUUUCCCCACCAAGAAAUCAGCAAAGGCCAGCUUGGCCGACGAAGUGGCUGAGGUGGAACCGAUGGACGAGGAGAUGAGAAUCCAGGAGGAGCUCCAGAGAAUCGCCGACAAGGAGAAGGGCAAGAAGAAGAGGGAAAGGAGAAACGCCAAUGAGGCCAAGACCAAGGAGAUCAUGCGCAUGCAAAUGCACAUGACGGCGCCUAUGGAUAUCGGCAUGGAGCAGGAGGGUCCAAGAGGUGAGGGCGAAAUCUUUAAGCUCAAGGCCGUUGACGAAAACGGUGCGCUGCGCAAGAUUGCCAAGGGCAAGAUGGUGGUUAUCAAGGAGGCCGAGCAGAAUAGGAGAGGAUUCGACUCUGGAAUCGGCUCCUCGGGGGAUACGGACGAUGAGAGCGACGAGGAUGGUGAUAGGUUGGAGAGGGAACUGGAUGGUCUUUAUGAUCAGUAUCAAGAGCGCAAGUCGGCGGCUGAUGCGAAAUACCGGGCCAAGAAGGCGAGGAAAGAGCACGACGAUGAGGAGUGGGAGGGUGUCUCGGCUGACGAGAAGGGGGACAGUGAUGAUGAGAGCGAUUUGGAGAUGGAGAGCGGGUCGGAUUCGGAGGAUGAGGAUGAGAUGGAUGUUGAUGAGAAGCCGCUGAUAAGCGAUCUUGAUGGGAAGGGCAAGGGGAAGGAAGGGCUUUCGAAACGUGCGAACCGGUUCUUCGAAAAUGAGGUUUUUGCGGACAUUUUGGGUGAGAUAGAGGAGGAAGAGGAGGAAGUGCAAGUGCUGCAAGAUGAGGAGGCCGCUGAGUCAUCGGAUGACGAUAUUCCAAGCAUCGAGCAGCAAAAGAAGAUGCGCAAGGAGGCGGCUGCUGCUGCGAAGAAGGAGAAGGAUAAUACGUUUGAGAUUGUCAAGCGGCCAAAGGUGGAGGAACAGGAUUCGGAUUCUGACUGGGAGGCGGUGGAGAAGAAGAAGAAGAAGGAUGCCAAGCCUGACAUCGACAUCGUCACAGCAGAAGCCAUGACGCUCGCCCACCAGCUCGCCCGCGGCGAAAAGACGGUCCACGACGUCAUCGACGACGGCUACAACAAAUACGCCCUCAAAGACCGCGACGGCCUCCCAGACUGGUUCCUCGACGACGAGAAGAAGCAUGACAAGCCGCACAAGCCCAUCACCAAGGAAGCCGCGCAGGCGAUCAAGGAGAAGCUGAGGGCGUACAAUGCCAGACCGAUCAAGAAGGUGGCUGAGGCUAGGGCGAGGAAGAAGUUUAAGCAGGCGCAGAAGCUGGAGAAGCUGAAGAAGAAGGCGGAUAUGCUGAUGGGCGAUGAGGGGUUGAAUGAGAAGGAGAAGGCGAGCAGCAUCUCGAAGCUGAUUGCGCAGGCGAACAAGAAGAAGAGGAAGGCGCCGGUUAAGGUGGUGAAGGCUGCGGGGGCAAACAGAGGGUUGCAGGGGAGGCCGAAGGGGGUGAAGGGGAGGUAUAAGAUGGUUGAUCCUAGGAUGAAGAAGGAGAUGAGGGCGCUGAAGAGGGUGGCGAAGAAGAAGAAAUAGGGGGUUUAAUGGUUGGGAAAAUGUUUAUACCUGGGAUAUAUCAGGCAUAUGUUGAAG